AUAGAUGGACGUGAAGCUUUUUAUUAUCUUACUUAAUUCAUUCCCGUCUCAAAUAGACCGACGUUUUUGCUGCAUUCAUCAGUAUUUUAUCGGAGAAUCCCUUUGGCAAAAAGUCCCUACGUUGGUCUCCGCCGCCGCCUCUUCCAGCAGGAGUACAUUUGAUUCAAGGAACAGUACAAUCAUGGAUCCGAGCCGGGGAUUUAAAGCGCUGGAUUCGGAGGCAUGCCCUGCUGCUUAGUGAGGAUGGAAAGGACAUAACGGGGAUUUUAAACAAACGUAUAAGUUAGUGGUGUUGCAGCAGAAGGAUGCCGUUGGUGAAGCGCACCAUCGAGCCCAGGCACCUGUGCCACACGGUUCUGCCGAGAAACAUCAAGAACGAGUUGGAGUGUGUGACCAACAUCUCCUUGGCCAACGUCAUUCGCCAGCUCAGCAGCCUCAGUAAAUAUGCAGAGGACCUGUUUGGAGAGCUCUUCAACGAGGCCCACACCUUCUCUUUCCGGGUCAACUCCCUCCAAGAACGAGUGGACCGGCUCUCCAUCAGUGUCACACAGCUGGAUCCCAAAGAGGAGGAAUUGUCUCUUCAGGACAUCACUAUGAGAAAGGCAUUCAGGAGUUCCACUAUUCAGGACCAGCAGCUUUUCGACCGCACGUCACUGCCCAUCCCACUGCAGGAGACCUUCCACACCUGCGAGCAGCCGCCACCGCUCAACAUCCUCUCGCCCUACAGGGACGAUGGAAAGGAGGGUCUGAAGUUCUACACCAAUCCAUCCUACUUCUUCGAUCUGUGGAGAGAGAAGAUGCUGCAGGACACAGAGGACAAGAGGAAGGAGAGACGGAAACAGAAGCUGGAUAUUCCUUAUCUUGUGUGUCCCAAGGGCUUUAUAAGCAUCCUCUCUGAAACCCCUCCUCCUUUCCUCAGUACCCCAGAGUUGCAGGAUCCCCGCAUGUAUGAUCAGGUCUAUAGGUACUUAGACCUUCCAGGGCAGCUGAAGGCAAUAGACCGCCCACAGGAGCCAGAGAAGGUACCGCGGGCGCCUCACGAUCGUAAGAAGGAGUGGCAGAAACUGGCGCUGGGUGCAGAAUUGGCCCAGGACAUUCCUGAAGACAGACACAGAGAGGCCAACGGAUCUGCAGGACAUUACCACAACAACAGGGCUCCCCUCUACAUGGAGCAAUUGGACGGGCCCUUCUCGCUGGCGGCGCUGCCCUACAGCCAGAUGAAUGAGCUGCUGAACCGUACCGGGGACAGAAUGUACUCACGGCCACACGACCCUCCACCGCCACCUCCCCCCAUGCACCCACUGGGAGAGAUCAAGCCUCCCUCUGUGAUCAGCUCCAGUUCGGGUUUUUCCGACAGCAGACCUCAGUCUCCAGCCCGGACAGCAGGCCUCAAUUCCAACACGCCUCCUCCUCCGCCUCCCCCUCUUCCUCCUCCGCCUCCCCCUUUACCCUCCUCAGGCCUGCGAGGCACCCCUCCUCCUCCCAUCCCUCCUCUUCCAGUCCAGCAGCAGCCCCAGGCCAUCCCACCUGCCCCUGCUCCUCUUCAGAUCGCUCCGGGUGUGCUCCACCCGGCUCCUCCGCCUGUGGCGCCUCCUCUCCAUUCCUCCUCUCCGGCACGUCUCCAGCAGGGCCUGGACAAAGGCCAAUCCAUGGGCUCUGGGACCCAGUCAGAUGGCACCAUGCUGCCUCCUCCCCCGCCGCCUCCCCCCCUGCCACUUCCCGGAGCGCGGAGCUCCUCGCCCUGUCUGUCAGGCCCACCGCCUGUGCCGGCCUUCCCCUCAGCCGCAGCCAUGGCCUCGCCGCAGCCCCACACCCUCCACGAUGUGGGGUCCAAGAGGCACCAUCCAGCCAAUCUGCCACCCAUCAGCGAUGCACGCAGUGUCCUGCUGGAGGCGAUCAGGAAAGGCAUCCAGCUGCGAAAAGUGGAGGAGCAGCGAGAGCAAGAGGCUAAACACGAGCGAGUUGGCAACGACGUGGCCACCAUCUUGUCACGCCGCAUCGCUGUGGAGUACUCGGACUCCGAGGACGAGUCUGAGUUUGAUGAAGGAGACUGGAUGGAGUGAUGGCAGCCAGGGAGAUGGGGAAAAAAAGAAGAAGCAGCAAUGGCAGGAGAAGACGGAAUUGUUCAGGUGCCCCCCCACAAAAGAACCCUGCAGUCCACACCUCGCCAUCAGUCCUUACUCCUCCAGAAAGAAGAGAAACAUCAUUGUUGCUCACUUUUCCUCUCUCUGGCUUUUUUAUCUCGUCAUUAUCUCUUGUCUCGUUGUGGCUUGUGUCUGGAGGACAGUCUCCACAUCAACCUCGUCCAUUUUUCUAGUGUUCCAAGAGAGAUUAUUUCACACUUAUUGUUUUCUGCACUACGAUGGGACCUUGUUUCAGCUGGAUUUCCUGUGAUGAAAUCCCCCCAUGUUUACUAUUGUUAAUACAUGACAAUAACUUUGUUUUUUUUUAAAAACCACUUGUUUCUUUUAUGUAUGUCUAUAUACAAAAAAAAAAAUGAAGGCAAGUUGCAUCUUAUAGUUCUCCAGUAUAGUUUUGCCAUCUGGUGGCUGACCAUGGCAUUGAUUUAAUGCCAUUUUAUCGUCUUUUUAUUUACCCUUCCCUGCUGAAACGUUUGCAGUUUUAAUAGGUCAGUAGUUGCCGAUACUGACCACUACAUAAAUGAACACUCCGUGUGAAAACUUGCUGGUUUGUCUUUAGUUUUCUCUCUUUUUUCUCCGUCAGGACUGAUAUUACCACUAAGAACAAGCAUACGAUUGUGCUGAAAGGUCACUGAAUGAUUGUUGUACGGUUGGAAAAGAAGGAUGGGGAAGUUUGUCGCUGAUUUCGGCAACGUAUGUGCAUAUCUGUCAAUUUACUUCUAAUCAUUACUCCAGGGAAGUAAUAUGCCAAGAAACUGAGCGCGUCUGUCCAGGUUCGAAGAAGCUCAUGUUGACAUCAAGCAGUCAAAGAUAAACUCUGAGCCUUUGUUUUUUUAGAAAGGAGCUUUCAUCUUAUUCUUUCCUGAUUUUCCACACAUAUGGACACUGACAACAUGCUGUAGUCGUACACCACAUCUCCCACCUGUUUUAUUGUUCCAGAUGAUUAUUCAGUGCGCCGAGGAAAAACAUUAUAAAUGUAAAAAAAAAAGAAGGUACAAAUCUCUCAGCACCAACGAAGGCAGCUUUUUCCUCAGAUGCCCCUUUACUGUGUACCUGCCAACUAACGAGAAGCCUUACCUCGUCCGAUUCUUCAGCAGCAACGGUUGUUUUAAAAAAAGAAGAAGAAAAGAAACAAACACUGCAUAAUCACUGCCUUUUCGGGCCUGAGAGAGGAUUGUUGUAGCUCAUUUCAAAGAAAGCGUCUGCCAUUUUUUUUUUCUGUUCGUUUGUUCGUUCUUUCUUCUACUUGCCUUAUUGUUCGUAUGAAACGUAUCGUUGAGUUGAUGAAUGUACUGUGCUGUUACUACUUACCUGCCUGCGCUUGUAUGGAUUUGCUGUUUCUAUGUUUGGGGGGGCAAAGGGGAUCGGGGACGGGGGGGGGGAGACAGAAACCCUGGUUUGAAAGGAAAAAAAAGAAAACAGAUUAGAUCAAUACUGUAAAACAUGUAACUUAUGUAACUGUUGACUGUAACAGUUUGCUUGAAUUAAUAAAAAUCUAAUGUUAUGUUUCA